UCAACGUCUGUUCUAGUAUUUUUGUAGAACUGUCCUGAUUAUUACGAAGAAAUUUCUAUCGUGCACUUAUUCAAAUACCUUAGGUAAAGACGAAUAAAACGUACUCUUAUUUGUUGAUGCGUGGCUACUUUAGAAUUUAAGUUGAAUUUCAUUAGGGGUGCGGUAAGGUAAGCCCUCUCCCACCUUUUGGUACCUCCGUCAUGGCCUCAACUAAGCUCAACCUCAAUACCCCCGGGCUUUGAGUUUUGCAACCCAUCCUCAAUCUUCAGCAGUCUCCUUGGCCUUCUCUUGCACCAUGGAACAAACAGAGAUGCCAGCCCAAACCGACGCAGACCGUGUCGAAAUAUCGACAUCACGAGUUAAGACCUUGCUCGAUCUGCCUCCUGAAAUCAUCCUCCUAAUAGCAGACUUCCUGCCAACGACCUCGACUGCCUCUUUUGCUCUCUGCAAUAAAAGACUCGCCGCUCAAUUCGGCAGCAAGCCUUGGAAGCUGCUCUCCAGCAUGGAAUCCGAGGAUCGCAUAUACUUCCUCUCCAUUCUAUCACGAGAUCUCCCUCACCACCACGCAUGCCAUGGGUGUAUCCGCCUUCAUCUCAGCACUUCCACCCCACUGCCGGCAGACUUCAGUCCAUCACCCCUGCCCCUCUCCUGCAUCCCUGCGUGUGAUCGCGACGAUUGUUCAGGUUUAAUGUCAGAACGUGGGCUCUUCUCCAUUCCGAACUACUUUUCUCCUUACAAGCUGCGUUUCCCCCACGUCCAAUUAGCGCUAAAACAACACCACCAUGGCCUUGAUCAUGGCAUCUUACUCAGUGACCUAUCGCACACCGACAUCCAGUUCGUCCAAGGAAGUGUGUUUCUCUUUUCAGUAGAUGCGCGAAUCGCAUCCGAUGAGAUGGUUGUGCGAUCUCAGGAAUGGGCUAUAUCGAGCGAGCACCCACGUGAAGACUUCCUGUCCAAGACUGUGAUCCACAACGUCUGCCAGCAUCAGAUGACCUACAAUGCGGAAUUUGGUCUUGAUGAUAGCUUCACGAGCUUGAUUCGAUGUCGGCUUGGCCAUGGAGCCGCAGACGAUGACUGUGCUUGCAUGAGAUUGCAUCAAUGUCCUUUCUGCCCUUUGGAAUAUCAGAUUGACGUUGUGGAUUUCAAAGAGCGAGGGACUGCCAUCUGUGCCACUAAAUGGUUGAAUCUUGGGGCCGGCCUCACCACUCGUGAUUCGAAUUGGCGGGGGCACCAUCUUUCACAUGACGACUACGUUCCGCAUAAUCUGCCGCUUGGAAGCAUUCGUUCAAGCUAUGAGAGUCAGGAAGCAGCAUCUGUUAAUGAUCUAACUGCCGAAAAUAAGAAGAGGCUGUCUUCUUUUUUACGCAUGACUGGAUAUGGUAUGUUUGGGGAUCCGGAUGGUUAUGAUUGGAAGUUGGUUGGACAUGACAUCUGGUACAUUAGGCCUCCAGGAGAGUUCCAUACCAUCCCAUGGUUGCUUCACCGAUUACGCGCCUCGAUUCUAAGAAUCAGUCCGCAAUUCCUUGUGAUUUUAUCUUCAAUCCUCAUGGUUGCUCAACUUGCUUUGCUGAUAUUGCGCAUUUAGGAAUGUUGGCAGCUCGGAGGACUUUCAAGGCUUUGAGUAUUUUACAGUUUUCAAGUAAUCAUGAAUGCCAAUAAUGAAAUCUCAUAGUUUCAGAACCCC